AUCGAUAGGCAAACGUAUAUAUCCUUAAACAAACAGCAGCACUCAAGCUCCGUAAAGCUUCGCGCCGCCCUCCCGCCAGUGAGAGUUUUUGCUCGGCUCUGCGCCGAGUUUGUUCCUCUCGCGGCGGGGGAUGGCGUCUAGCGGAGAUGUGGCGCUGGCCUUUGGGCUGGUGAUUGCCGCUGGCCUGUGCACCUGCCUGGGAGCCGCCAUCGCCUUCUGCGUCAAGGUGUCUGACACACGCAUCCUGGCGGCGGCACUGGGCGUGUCGGCAGGCGUCAUGCUGUAUGUGUCAUUUGUGGAGAUCUUCACCACCAAGUCCAUUAAGGGGUUCAUGGACGCAGGAUACAGUGACAAGAGCGCCUACCGCUACGCCACGCUGCUGUUCUUUGGCGGCAUGGCCGUCACCUGGUGCCUCAAUCAGCUCGCGCACGGCCUGCUGCACCUGGCUGCAGCCAGCCAGGCAGCCAGGAAGCGGCGGGCGGGCGGAGGCGGCGGCGGAGGAGGAGGCACCUGCGGCGGAUGCUGCCCUGCCGGCCUAUGGCUGCGGGGUGGCGGCUGGGGAUGGCGCGGCGCUGCAGCGGGUGUGGACGUUGGCAAGCAGGACGACGACACUACCCCGCCCAGCCGCCAGCAGUCCGCACUGCCUGCAGCCCCUUGCUCACAGCACCUGACCGCCCCUGCCAUUGCUACUGCGGAUGCACGCGUCGGCACCGAUGCCUGCAGCACCAGCAGCAGCACUCACGGCCCCAGCUGCAUGGCCCCCGCCCCCUCCGACGCGCCAGUCACAGUGCUGGGACUCACCGCUCCCGCGCCCGCUGACGUGGAGGCUGGCAGCGCCGGCACCGGCAUCACCCUGGCUGGCCCCGCUGGCACUGACCUGGAGCGCGAGGUGGUGGCGGUGCUGGUGGCGGCAGACGACCCACGCGACCACUCCCAUGCCCAUGGCCACACCCACAGCAGCCACCUGCACAGGCGCAGCCACGGCCUGCCCAUGUGCGUCUGCGGCAGCAGCUCCAGCCAUGGCGCCGUUGCUGCGGCCGCCACUCCGCCCUCUGACCUCACUCGCGACCCCGAGGCCUCAGCCGGCAGCCCCCCGGGUGGCGGCGGCGCUGCCUCCGAGACGCUGACAUCUUCCCAUAACCAGCUGACUCAUCUUGGCCUACUGAGCGGUCUGGCAGUGGGCAUCCACAACUUUCCUGAGGGCCUGGCCACCUUUGUGGGCACCCUGGCAGACCCCACCGCCGGAGUGGCCAUUGCGGUCGCCAUCGCACUGCACAACAUCCCGGAGGGCAUUGUGGUGGCCAUGCCCAUCUACUUCGCCACCGGCUCCAAGUGGAAGGGCUUCCUGUGGUCUGUGGUUUGCGGCCUCUCUGAGCCGCUGGCCGGACUGCUGGGCUGGCUGAUCCUGCGCGGUCGCGACUCAGACCCCCUCAUGUACGGCGUCAUGUUCGCGCUGGUUGCCGGCAUGAUGGUGUACAUUGCCGCGGUGGAGCUGCUGCCCACGGCCCUGCGCUACGACCCCGCCAACCGCUUCACCACCCGCGGCCUGGUGGUGGGCAUGGCGGUCAUGGCCGCCAGCCUGCUGCUGUUCAGCGCCACAUGAUAAGGACAGGAGGCAGAGGGCAGGAGGCAGGCGUUGGGGCGCGGAGCGAGGGUCCGGGGGGACGCUGAGGGUGAAGCAGGAGCACAACUGGGCUGGGGCGCGUGCGGUGUCAGGGUGCGCAGGACUGGAUGCGGAAGGGGUGCGGUGCAGGAGAGGGCAUGCUUGUGGGUCAAGUUCUUGAUGUCUGUCUUGCAGCAGUGAGCUGUUGGCCGUGGCGUGACUAGCUACGGGUCGCUUCACGGCGGCGCGUGCUCACCCAAACACAUGUUGCGCCUCAGCGCUAUAAGUAGCACACGCGUUCUGCAGCCAUGACUGCUGUGAUUGGGAGUGUGUGCUGCAGCGUGUGUGUGCAGAGUAUGGAGGAAAGGUUGAUCCUGUCUGUCGCGCCCGUACGUGUGUAAACGGACAUUCUACGUGGCCCUAAUACCGUGGGGGCAUGUCGCACCCGGGGGGCAACUGUAACUAACAACUGCU